AUGUCGUUGACUCCGUCCCAGCUAUCAAAACCAUUUUUUUCCACCAGACCCGCCUCCCGAAACCCCCUCAUCUCAGCCCCCUCAGCCCAGAAGAUCAAGUCCGCGCCUUUCACCGUACGCAGCUCCGUGGCGGCGUCGCCCUCCUCCGCCGUCGCUGCCAAGGCCUCGGCCAGGGUCAAGCAGCUUAAGGCGCGGCAGAUUGUGGACAGCAGGGGCAACCCGACGGUGGAGGUCGAUCUGAUCACGGAGGACGGUGGCCUCCACCGGUCGGCCGUUCCAAGUGGGGCCUCCACCGGGAUCUACGAGGCGCUCGAGCUCAGGGACGGCAACAAGAGCGUGUAUGGGGGCAAAGGGGUCCUGAGCGCGGUUAAGAAUAUUAAUGAUUUGUUGGGUCCCAAGCUCGUUGGCAUCGAUGUCAGGAAUCAGAAUGAUGUCGAUUCUGUUAUGCUGGAGAUUGACGGGACUCCGAAUAAAUCAAAACUUGGGGCUAAUGCUAUUUUAGGAGUUUCUCUUAGCGUGUGCAGAGCUGGUGCAGGAGCGAAAGGAGUGCCACUUUACCAGCACAUACAGGAAAUAUCAAACACGAAAGAGCUUGUUAUGCCAGUCCCAGCAUUCAACGUGAUCAAUGGAGGCAGUCACGCUGGGAACAACUUGGCCAUGCAAGAGUUCAUGAUAUUGCCCGUAGGAGCUUCCUCGUUCUCCGAGGCACUCCAGAUGGGCAGUGAAAUAUAUCAUACUCUGAAGGGAAUUAUUAAAUCUAAAUAUGGCCAAGACGCGUGCAAUGUGGGAGAUGAAGGUGGAUUUGCUCCCAAUGUGCAGGAUAAUAGGGAAGGAUUGGUGCUGCUCAUGGAUGCAAUUGAAAAGGCAGGGUACACAGGGAAGAUCAAAAUAGGGAUGGACGUUGCUGCUUCUGAGUUCUUGACGAAAGAGGGGAAAUAUGACCUCAAUUUCAAGAAUCAACCAAAUGACGGUGCUCACGUGCUGACGGCUCAAAGCCUUGGUGAUUUAUAUAAAGAAUUUGUGAGAGAUUUCCCCAUUGUAUCGAUUGAGGAUCCUUUUGACCAAGACGACUGGGGUUCAUGGUCGUCACUGCAGUCCUCAGUCGGUAUCCAGCUCGUGGGUGAUGAUCUGUUAGUCACUAAUCCGAAAAGAAUAGCAGAAGCUAUUCAGAAGAAAGCAUGCAAUGCUUUGCUGCUGAAGGUUAACCAAAUUGGUACAGUGAGUGAAUCUAUUCAAGCAGCACUCGACUCGAAAGCCGCUGGAUGGGGUGUGAUGGUUAGUCACCGCAGUGGUGAGACAGAAGACAACUUCAUUGCAGAUCUCUCUGUCGGCUUGGCCAGUGGACAGAUCAAGACAGGAGCUCCUUGCAGAAGUGAGCGGUUGGCCAAGUACAAUCAGCUUCUGCGCAUUGAAGAAGAACUGGGAAAUGUCCGUUAUGCUGGUGAAGCUUUCAGAUCUCCUUAG